AAGAAAAAAUGGUGGAUGAAAUAACCUAUAGUGAUAAGUACAGUGAUGAAGAGUUUGAGUACAGACAUGUUAUUCUUCCCCCCAAUAUUGCUAAACAAGUUCCUCGUAAUCAUCUGCUUACUGAAACGGAAUGGCGGAAUAUAGGUGUAGAGCAGAGUAUAGGUUGGGUUCACUAUAUGCUACACACACCUGAACCUCAUAUUCUGCUAUUCAGAAGAAGGAAAACUGUGGGAUAGAAGAAAAAGAAGAAGAUUCAUGUGCCUGCAAAAAUAUUGUAAAUUCCUAAUUUUUUUUAUUUUAAAACUUAUGAUUUAAUAACAAUAAGGUGAAAAUAAGGUCGUUUGGCUGUGACAUGUUUUGUAUACAAAUUAAUCGCAAAAAUAAAUUUCCAGAAAAAA